ACAUCUGAUCCACAUGUGAACGACUCUACUAUCGAGGAUCCGGAUCCACCGCUCCUUACCUUCUCUCUCCCACGUGGCCACGUCCCACCAAUGGCGGUUUGAUCUGAUCCAUUGCUCCCCUACGGACGUUCCUCCUCCGCCGCCGCCGCCGCGUCAUCGCCCUCCUCCCUACCGGACUGGACUGGACGGGAGUGGAGAUCCGUCUCUGCUGGUAAGCCCUGACUUGCCCAUGGACUGGUUUCGCUUUGCUCUAGCUUGUUGUCUUCUUCGCUGCGACGUCUGUGAGCGACCGAGCCCAUAUCGUCAUCUCUGCGAUGUCCCAUCCGAUCUGGCCAAGCCCGGAAAUGCUUCUUGUUAGCUAUUGAGACCGCAAGAUCUGUGGUGGCACCGGGUGCAUCUUUCGCCGCUUGAUUUGGGGUCUUGGUUAUUGUUGGUUGGUUGCUGGGCUGCGUAAGUGCCUAUAUGUGGAUGGUGGAUCAGUUGAUGGUAAGAUUACUGAUGGCUCUAGCAGUUUCGGUGCCCAGGUUGGAUUGUUAAUGGUGAGCUUGUUGGUGAGGUUGAUUCUGAUAGCUGUGAAGUAGCGCUAAGUAGUAAACUGCUCUUAGUUUGGUUCGGAGGUGUAAAAAUUGGUUCCUUCUUUUCUUUUCUCUGUGUGAUGUUUACUUCUUGAUGAAUGAAUGAAUGAGCGGUGGUUCCUAGAUUCUGUCUCCCGCUGGAGAAGGCUUGAUUAAUAGAUCUCGCCUUUUGUAAUGUAAUAGAUCAUCUGAUGUUUAUGUUAUAGUAUCAGCAAGCCUAGUUGCUGAAACUGUUUCUUGACAAAUAAUGAUCAGAUUUGAGGGUAUGGCUGAUAAUGAGAAAGAGGUGGUAGAGGGAAGCACCCCACGAGGUGUGGACUGGGAAGUGGUGACUCUCACAGCAUCUGCCUAUGAAGCAGUACCAGGGCCCGGUGGGACAGAGGGCAAGCCUGCAGCAGGGACCAAAGGCCUUGAUGCAAGUAAUUCAUCUGAUGCAUUGCUCAUGUCCGAUCACUUUGUGUUUCCUCCAAGUGAGCACGAGAACCUGCCAAUACAAACCAGUUUUAAUGAGAUACAGCUGGAGAAGGAUGCGCAGGAAGCAAGUACCAGUGUUGAAGAUUACAGUUUCAAGAAUAUAUGGGAAGGGUCAGAGAGAAUUCAGUUCUACGAUGAAGGGAAAAACCUCUUAGUUGAUGAUGUGGAGAUGAGAGACGAAGUACCUGGAUACGGUUCAGCUCAUGCUGAAGAUGAUGAGCAUGGUUUUGUUGCUCAUGAUGAUGACAAUGAGGCUGGUGCUGAUUCUGAUGACAAAUUGGAUCAGCCCUCAAAAUCUGCAGACAGCAAGAGCUGUGAUGCUGGUGUCUCAUGUAAAUGCUGGUUGAAGAAGCAUAUGACAUGCUUGUAUCACCAAGCGAAGGAAACAAAUGCUAUCUGGUCGGUGGUGGUUGCAGCUGCCCUGGUUGGGAUUGUGAUUUUAGGACGUUGGCACAAAGAUAAACUGCACCUUGACCAGCUUAAAUGGCGCUCUGGCUCAACAGUGAGAGGAUGAUCAACAGGUGGUCUUCACUGAUACAAAAAGCUUUGAUGAGUCUUUUCAAGUCACCUGAAGUUGUAUGCAAGAUGGUUGUUGCAAUAUGAUUGUGACGAUGACGAAAAGGAGUAUAUCCAAUGUAAUAAUAUGAUGCUUGACUGGGAUUUUACUUGCAGCCUACAAUGAGUGCCUUGCGGACUUCUAAGAUGCCAAAUUCUCUUGUGCCGUUCACAUGAUUAUAAGUUCCUGCUACUUUUGCGGUGAUAUGCACUUUGACCGAUGCCUGUACAAUUCAGAAUUGCAUACUGCUGAGUCUAUUAUAACUUGGUUGUUCGGCAAGGGAAACUCACAUGCAUCUGUGCUUUUAGCUUCAGAGAAAAGGAAAACCUGGACGUUUGUUUGGAUUCUGUUUUGUAACUCUUUAUUACUGAAACAAUUCUUGGUGACGUUAGCAGUUUUGUUCAAAGCAUCAUAGUUGGUGAUUUUCAGUCCAGAA